AUGUCUGAUCCCGAGCUUGCAACCAAGGCUCCUGAAACCGAUGCCAUGGAGCCAUCCAUGAUAUCGAACGAAGACUCCAAGGCUCAAACGGGAGCUAGCAUGGGCGAGCACUGUGUCACGGAUAGACCGAAUCCAGAUAAUCGCCAACCGUCUGGUGAGAUGUCAAAGUUUGGUGAUAUCGAUGUCUACAUUUCGAAACCACCGGACUAUCCCAACUCUCCAGCUAAGUUACUCCUUCUUCUCACCGCUGGGACCGGCGUACACUCCACCAACAAUCAGGUGCAAGCAGACAUGUUUGCAUCAGAGGGGUUCGUGGUAAUCAUGCCCGACCAGUUCAAUGGUGACCCGGCACCAAACUCGACAGCUAUUCCUGCUGAGGAACACAUUGGGCUCCUUGAGCAGUUCAAACUGAAAGCCGCAGAAACUGCCAAGUCCUUCCUGGUCGAUAUGUGGCUCGCCAGACAGACUCCAGAAAAGGUUUUGCCGAUCCUGCGCAAGGUCAUUGAGUCAGCCAAAGACGAGUACGCAGACGCAAUAGCACACGGUGAUGGCAUCUAUUGUGUUGGGUACUGCUUCGGUGGAAAGUAUACUGUCAUCCUUGCAGCAGAGCAUGAGGAUACUGUGAAGGUCGGGGCAACUACCCAAGAUGAAGAAGCAGGUAUGCUCAAGAAAGCGCCCUUGAUCAAAGCAGGUGCGGUGGCACACGCAACACUCGUGACUCGUGAAGACUUGAAGGCUGUCAAGGCUCCUCUGACGAUGGUCUGUGUCGAAAACGAUCCACUCUUCCCAGCAGAAAUCUUGGAAGAUGGCAAGAAAGAUUUUGCAACGAGCAAUGUUGAGCACGAGGUUAAGAUGUACUCAGCGGUGCCACAUGGCUUCGCCGUGUACGGAGACUACGACUCACCUUCCAUCAAAGAAGCUCAAACUUUGGCAUUCCAACAGAUGCUCAACUGGCUACAGUCACAUUGA